UUGGACUCCUCCUUCCUUCGGCCGAGCAGCGUGUGUUCCUCUGAGGUAACUGGAGUCAGCUGGUCCUGCCCUGAUGCACAGGGAACCGAGCGGGGACUCCGGCCGCAGCCUCAGACACGGGCCGGGGAUGGCGUCGCUCGGCGUGGGGAUGCACCUCAUCCGUAAGCGGGGAGCAGGAAGGAGCGCCGCGGUGGAGAGGAGGAACCUGCUCAUGGUGUGCAGGUUUUCAGUGAAGACUCUGCUGGACCGAUCCUGUUCUGACACAAUAGAUGACUCAUCUCCAGAGUUUGUUAACUUCGUUUCCAUCGUGGAGAACAUCCUCAGUCAUCGACUCAAAGGUCAGACAACUUGGUUUGGCUACGAGAGUCCUCGGAGUUUCUGGGAUUACAUAAAAGCUGCUUGCAGUAAAGUCCCUCAUAGCUGCAUCCGAAGCAUCGAGAGCAUGGAGAAUGUGCGAUCGUCGAGAGCUAAAGGCAGGGCUUGGAUCAGAGUGGUCCUGAUGGAGAAAAGAUUAUCCGAAUACAUCUCAUCUGCACUGAGGGACAUCAAAACAACCAGGAGGUUUUACGAUGACGGAGCGAUCAUGCUGGGAGAGGAGGCGGGGCUGUUGGCAGACACACUCAUCGGCCUCAACACCAUCGAUUUCAGCUUCUGUCUGAAAGGAGAGGGUGUGGACGGCAGCUGCCCAGCCGUGAUCGACUACACACCUUACCUGAAGUUCACUCAGAGCACGGACAGCAUCAGCAGUGACGAGGAGGAGAUGAGGACUAUGGGAAGCAGCGGCAGCGAGAGCAGCACCCCAGACAAAAUGGCCACGGCUGCCUCCAUCUUCACCGAGCAGAGCAACUUGGUCAGCAAGUGCAAACGCUUUGAGCAGAAGUAUCACAUGGCACUGGAGCAGAAGGGUUACCUGGAAGAGCUGGUUCGUCUACGAGAAGCCCAGCUGUCGGAGGCUGUGUCUCAUAACAAAGCUCUUCAGCAAAGCCUAGCAGACACACAGCUCUCCCACUCAGUGGAGAAAGAACAGCUUGAGUACAUCAUACUGGAACUACAGGACCAACUGACAGUGCUGAAGAACAAUGAUUUAAGGUCCAGACAAGAGCUGACUGCCCAUCUGACCAAUCAGUGGCCAUCUCCUGUCGCCUUGGACGCCAACGCUGUUGCCUUGGACACGCUGCUGUACAGGAAGAGUGCAGGGGGACAGUGGGAGGAGAAGAGUUUCCAGAGUCUGGAGCAGCUGUCUGCAGACAUGAGCCUCUCCCAGACUUCGCUCGAACCAUCACAAGCGCUGAAUCUGGAGACCAGGCCGGCCGGCACACGCUGGCCUCACCGAGGUAAAGAGGAAACGCCGUCUUUACGAGGCCUGUGCGGCUCCCUGACCUCAGUUGCCAGCUACAAGUCUCUGGCCAGCCUGAAGUCCAGCGAGUGUUUGGCCAGUCCUGCCACAGAGGUCAGCAGCCCGGGCAUCACUCCUUCAUAGGCAAUCGAGAGCUUAAAAAGCAGAUCACCACCGGGGCCAGACAAUCCAGGAACUUUUUAAAUGUACGUAGUUUUGAUCUGCUUUUUGUUGAAGUUUAUGUUCUGUUUGUACAGCCCACAGCGUGAACAGAUGGACAUCGGGUUUGCGUUGAGUUGAGAAUCUGGUAUACAAUGUACUUUGAAUUGUAUUAAUGCUCAGCUCCAUCAGGCCGAGGAACAUGCUGUAUUAAUGUGUGGAUCAGCUGAAACGACCUCUGGCUCUUCAUAGAAGAUCUCCAGCUGUCAACUUAAUCAUUGUGUGUGUUGCAGUUCUUUUGGUUUUUUUUUGUUUUUGUUUUUUGUUGUCGUUGUUUAUUUGUGAAGCAUCAGGAUUUUUUUUUCUUUUCUUGGAAAUAAAAUAAUAGAAAGUUGAUGUAAGAAUUACAAUGUCACCUUGCAGCAUUGAGGAGAUAGUGAUGAGUUAAAGUGUUUUUGCCUCUCAAAGGUUUAUUCCAGACUGUAGUAUGCUGAAAAUGCUGACCGUAGAUCAGUUUAACACAAAAUGAUUCAAGCCUUCAUCAGUGUAGUCUGUAAAUCAUUUCCUGUGGUUGAAAGACUAUUUUAUCAUCCUGUGUGCUGUUACUGCUGCCACUGAAUUCUUGUUUUUAAUAUAGCAGCUUCUUUGGUUUAGUCAGAUUAUGUAAUCAAAGCUUGGCAUAACGCUGUCUCACAUUUUGUCCUUAGGCGACUGUGUUCUUGCACCUUUGUCUUUUUUUUUUUUUUUUUUAAAUACUUUUAUGUUGUGCCAAAAGCAGCAUCACUUGGUUUUAUUCUCAGGUAACAAUCACUAUGAUUAGUAUUAGGCUCAUUUUAAAUUCAGCUUUAUCCGACAGUAUUAGUAUUAUUCUCUUUAAAUAUUAAAAUGCAGUAUUUUAAUCGCUGGUUAGCACAAAUUGAUCAUUCUUAAAACUCACAUGACAAAUGAUUUGUGUUAUCUUCCAGCAGAUAUUUUGGGAAAGCAACACAAGAGUAAAAUGCCACUGUAAUGUAAUUUGUAUUACAGGUGGCAACCAUGUACCUCAACACUGAACUCAUGACUUUGCCUUUAGCUCGGUCCAGCAGUCCUUUGCACAGCAUAUGUUUUAUUGGAAUUGUUUGCCUUUUUAUCCUUCAUUUUGAAUAAAAUCCACUUACUCAAA